AUGACGGCGGUGCCGGGCAAGGAAAGUCCGGUCGUAUUAAAUACUCAAGAGACUCAUCAGUAUGUUGGGCCUUAUCGGCUUGAAAAGACUUUAGGAAAAGGCCAAACUGGUUUGGUGAAGCUUGGAGUUCAUUGUGUAUUAGGUAAAAAAGUAGCAAUUAAAAUUAUCAACCGUGAAAAACUGUCGGAGUCCGUGUUGAUGAAGGUGGAACGUGAAAUUGCUAUUAUGAAGCUCAUUGAUCAUCCACAUGUACUUGGACUUUCAGACGUUUAUGAAAAUAAAAAAUACUUAUAUCUUGUAUUAGAACAUGUGUCAGGAGGUGAACUUUUUGAUUAUUUAGUGAAAAAAGCUAGACUUACGCCUAAAGAGGCGAGACGAUUUUUUAGGCAAAUAAUAUCUGCAUUAGAUUUUUGUCAUACUGCUGGAAAAGGUGAACUCGAAUUGGAACUUUCCAUGAUGGAAGUAGUACAAACACAUGUCAUUCCGUCCGUCGAGUUAAUUGAUCCAGAUGUACUUCAAGCUAUCGCAAGUUUAGGAUGUUUUAAAGAACGCGAUAAACUUAUUCAAGAAUUGCUAAGUCCUAACCACAAUACUGAAAAAGUAAUCUAUUUUCUCCUAUUGGAGAGGAAAAGAAGAAGACCAGCUUGUGAAGAUGAGUUAGAAGGCAUUCGAGUCGGAAUAAGAGGUUCUUCAGGACAAUCAGAAGUAGACCCACCUCGAAAGCGAGUGGACACUUGUCGGGUUAAUGGGAAUACAACAUUGAAUUUAGGGCAAAUUAGUCAUGGGUCACCUUUGACACCAAGAAGACAAUCCAGAAUUAUUAACUCUUUUGAUAGUGCACGACAUCAUACCCGACGUUCACCAAGUACUGGAUCGCAUACACAUUUAUCACAUUCCCAUGCCUCAACACCAGGGAGUUCACCUAUGCAUAGUCCCAAUGUCGCCGGUCUUUUAAGUCCACAUAGAGCAGUACCCAACUCACAUCAUGGGCAAAAUCCAAGUCCACAUCGUUUAUCUAUUACUAGUGGAUCAGCCAGUGGAAACGGUACAAUGGCCAGUACUACUACAACUACCACUGUUUCAACGACUUCGGCUACUAGUCAACCAUUUUCAAAUGUUGCAAUAGAAUUGAAUGAAAUUCAAUCGAUAGGUAUUACACCUCCAGGUUCUCCACAUACGGGCACUGGAACCGGAGCCCACCAUUGGAGAUCUCGUUUAACUACAAUUAAAAAUUCGUUUUUGGGAAGUCCGCGUUUUCAUCGACGCAAACUGCUUACAAGCACUGAAGAGGCAAUUUAA